GUAUAAAUCUCAAAUCUCAGCAACCAAUAAGUAUAGGAGUGAGCACGAAGAUUGCUUAAAUGAAGAUGGGCAUUGCAAAGUUUGUAAUAGUAGCAUUGCUAGUGGCUAGCAUUAUUAACUUUGAGUUGAGUAGUGCCCAAACCAUAUGCAAUGUGUCGAUGAAUGGUCUGAUGGAGUGCAAGCCGGCGGUGACUAAACCAAACCCGAAAUCGCCUACGUCCGCUUGUUGCUCGGCGCUGACGCAUGCUGACUUCAAGUGCCUAUGCUCCUACAAGAACUCCCAGAUUCUGCCUUCCCUCGGCAUCGAUCCCGUUCUUGCGAUGCAGCUCCCUCAGAAAUGCAAACUUCCUCACCCUCCCAACUGUUAAUAUAUAAAAUAUAGGUAUAUAUAUUUUAUAUAAGAAACUCGUCUAUGUAUCCAUCAAACUUCAAUCAUUAUGAUGAAGUGCCCAUAGUAACUUUCAAAUGCUUUUUUAUAAAACCUUUCGAAGUUUCUUUUUAAUU